AUGGCCUCAAGAAACCCUUCAACCUGGGACGAAUACGAACGGGGCGCCUCCCCCCAGCGCUCUGUGAGUAUCGAUUCCAAUGCUGUCACUGAGGACCAGUCCCUUCUCGGUGACGACGAAGAGAAUGCGUACGGCAGCAGUCACCACGGCCUCCGCCGUCGAAGGUCGUCAGUAACGCGACAUCUCGCCGCCAUCACCGACAUUGGCGGUGUCAACAGCAUUCGCUCCUUUACUCGCAGUUGGGCUCGUGCCGCAGGCUUCGCUGAAGUCAUCCCCCAGCGCCCAUCUUUUGUUUUCGCACCCGAUCAGGCCCCGAUUGCCUCCUCAUCGGCCGAAGCGCUCGAUUACUCUCGCAGCUACGUCGAACCCGAAUCUCAACCAAGAACCUCCCUGCUAAGGCAACAUCUUGAGGCAACACCCGAAAAUGUGGCAAGCUCCUCGCAACAAAAUGGUUCCUCUGCGUCUGAGGCCCUCGGAGACUCUGCCCAUACCGACUUUCGCGAGAGAGAACGGAAAUAUGUCGAGGCAGAAAUGUCUGGAGCUAACUACGGCUCCAGCUUCGGGAGUGGUCGCCGGCCAUCACAGUCCAUUUUCGCCGUUGCGCCUCACUUGGCAACCCCGCCCCUUUUUGGCAGUUACGGUUCGUACCGGACCUAUGGGACCAUAUCCGACGUAGACGCCCCGUCUAUGGCCCAGGCCGGUGAGCUUUGGCGACAGCAGCAACAGGCAGGUGUCAACGUGCCGGAUGGGGAGCAUCCCCAAAUCCUAGUGAAGGAGGUUGAACAGGACGGCAAGAUUGUUCUCACUGUGGAGGGCCAGUCGACAUUGCCUCAAACUAUCUUCAAUUCGAUCAACGUUCUGAUCGGCGUCGGCCUUCUGAGUUUGCCCAUGGGCAUCAAGUAUGCAGGUUGGAUUUGCGGCAUGAUCAUCCUGGCCGGUUCUGCGGCCGUGACUGCUUACACAGCAAGGCUUUUGGCAAAAUGCAUGGACUUAGACGCUAGCUUGAUCACGUUCUCCGAUUUGGCCUACAUUUCAUAUGGUCGUAAUGCGCGUAUUGCAACCAGUAUUCUGUUCACCAUGGAGUUGCUGGCUGCUUGCGUUGCACUUAUCGUCCUCUUUGCCGACUCCCUGGUCCUACUCUUUCCAGGGUUCCUGAGCAUCAACAUGUGGAAAAUCAUUUGCUCUCUGGUUUUAGUUCCCCUCAACUUCCUUCCGCUGCGGCUGUUGAGUUUCACCAGCGUGAUUGGCAUCGUGUGCUGUUUCAGCAUUGUCUUGAUUCUGGUGAUUGAUGGUCUCAUCAAGCCGACCACACCUGGUUCGCUUAUUGAGCCUGCUACAACAUAUCUUUUCCCAGCAAACUGGGGCACAUUGCCACUGAGCUUUGGCUUGCUCAUGAGUCCCUGGGGUGGUCACAGUGUCUUUCCUAAUGUAAGUACAUACCAACGACCGGUUGAUGAGUUGCCUACAACAGAUCUGGUCCCCCGCCAUGCUGAAACUAAUUUUCAACAGUAUCUGUUGGACGCAUUCACGGCUGUCGUUGGUCUUCUGAUGUACGGCGAUGAUGUGAUGGAUGAAAUCACGGCCAACAUCCUCCGGACAAGCGGCUACCCUCGCGCGCUUAAUUUCUUGCUCUGUAUAUUCAUUGCCAUCAUCCCCUUGACCAAGAUUCCACUCAACGCCAGGCCUAUCAUCUCCACCCUGGAGGUGUUGACGGGCAUCCAUCAGCAUGCCGUCGCCGACAACCAAGCUAUGAUUGGCCGUUCUGCCACGUUUCGUGGCGUGAUGAAGGUCGCCAUUCGAGUGAUCACCAUUUUCGUGUUCCUUGUCAUAUCCAUUGUAUUCCCGGCUUUCGAUAGCAUUAUGGCGUUCAUGGGUAGCGCCUUGUGUUUUACCAUUUGUGUGCUUUUGCCGCUUGCAUUUUACGUCAAGUUGUUUGAUAAGGAGAUCACCGCUAGGGAGAGAUUGCUGUGCUACACGCUCAUGUUUAUCUCAACCGUCUUGUCAGUAACAGGCACCGUCUGGGCUUUCCUUCCCAAGAGCCUUUUUGGCGCAGAGUAA